AAGAGAAAAUCUCGGAAGUCCAGAAACUUGAAAAAUGCUACCAUCAGUGUUAGUCAUGACAGACAUACUUUAUCCAUGAAAGAGAAUGCUGAAACCAAUGGGCAUAAUCAAAUUCAGGUCAAUGGAAGUUAUUCAUUUAUACCUGAUGGUGAUAGUGAUGGGCGUUGGGUUGGAAGACUUUUUGUUACAAAUAUUGAAAUCGGUCACGGGAGCAAUGGUACAGUCGUCUUUGAAGGAUUUUAUGGUGGUCGUCCAGUUGCUGUAAAACGGCUUCUUCGUGCACAUUAUGAUGUUGCCUUUAAAGAGAUUCAGAAUCUUAUUGCAUCUGAUCGGCACCCAAAUAUUGUUCGGUGGUAUGGAGUAGAACAAGAGUUGGAUUUUGUGUAUAUCUCACAGGAGCGUUGUAUUUGCAGCCUAAGUGACUUAAUAUGCAUAUGCUCAGAUUCUUCUUCACAUUCAGUAUCUGUGGAAAAUCAAACAUCAAACUCUGUGGUUGAAGAUAAAGUUCAAUUAAGCUUGGUGAAAGGUAUCAGAAAGGAUGUUAACUUGUGGAGAUCAAAUGGGCUUCCUUCAAGCCAACUCUUAAAGAUAAUGAGAGAUGUAGUUUCUGGCCUUGCACAUCUACAUGAAGUUGGAAUCAUACACCGGGAUCUAAAGCCUCAAAAUGUGCUAAUAAGCAAUGACAGACAUCUUAAUGCCAAGCUUUCUGAUAUGGGUAUAAGCAAAUGCCUACUUGAAGACAUGUCUUCAUUGAGCCGUAAUGCUACUGGAUAUGGUACCUCUGGUUGGCAAGCACCUGAACAACUUCUUCAUGGGCGUCAAACACGAUCUAUGGAUUUGUUCAGUUUGGGUUGCAUACUAUUCUUUUGUAUUACCAAAGGAAAACAUCCAUUUGGCAAUCAUUUUGAAAGGGAUGCAAACAUUAUUCACAAUCGCAUGGACCUCUUCUUGGUGGAUCAUAUACCAGAAGCUGAACAUUUACUUUGUCAACUGUUACAGCCUGACCCAAAGAUGAGGCUGAAUGCGGUAGAAGUAUUGUGUCACUCUCUUUUUUGGAGUUCUGAGACACGACUUUCAUUUUUACAAGAUGUAAGCGAUCGUGUUGAAUUAGAAGACAGAGAAAAUGAAUCGGAGCUGCUAAAAUCGUUAGAAAAUAGUGCGCCAAAUGCAUUUGGUGGGAAAUGGGAUGAUAAGUUAGAUGUUGCAUUCAUUACAGACAUGGGUCAUUACAGAAAAUAUCAUUUUGAUUCCAUACGUGACCUUCUACGAGUAAUAAGAAAUAAGUUGAAUCAUUACUGGGAACUUCCAAAAGAACUCCAGGAAACUCUUGGACCUGUUCCUCAAGGAUUUGAUAUGUACUUUGCAAGUCGAUUCCCAAAGCUCCUAAUUGAAGUCUACAAAGUGGUUUACCGAUUCUGUAAGGAAGAGGAUUACCUUAGCAAGUAUUUCCAAUGCAGCAGCCUUCUGUAGAUUCAGAUCUUCUGUUCCAAAGACUUGA